AUGAAUGACUCAGAUACACAAUCAUUAACAUCCGUAGGCUCACAGAGCUCAACCAUACGACUGAAGAAAUACUUUUGUGAUUACGAAGGUUGUUCAAAAGCAUACAACAGACCAUCCUUACUAGAACAACAUCAAAGAAAACAUACUGGUGAGCGACCGUUCCCUUGUUCAUACCCAGAUUGCAACAAAUCUUUUCUUCGAAAGUCACACUUGGAUGCCCAUGUGAUUUCACAUUCGCGUGAAAAGCCUUAUCAUUGCUCCUUUUGUGGCAAAGGUGUUAAUACUGCACAACAUUUGAAACGACACGAGGUUACGCAUACAAAGUCGUUUAAAUGCACAUUUGAUGGGUGUAAUGAAUCCUUCUACAAGCACCAGUCACUACGGCACCAUAUACUCUCGGUUCACGAAAAGACUUUAACCUGUCAACAGUGCGAUAAGACAUUCACGAGACCAUAUAAGCUUGCACAACACAAGUUGAAACACCACGGUGAAUCUCCAGCAUACCAAUGCGACCAACCAGGAUGCUUCUCGAACUUCAAAACAUGGUCGGCUCUUCAGUUUCACAUGAAGCAAGAACAUCCAAAACUAAAAUGUCCCAAAUGUGACAAAGGUUGUGUUGGUAAGAAAGGUUUACAAUCACAUAUGCUCAGCCACGAUGAAGCCUCGAAAGCAUGGCAGUGUAAAUACUGCGACGUUGGCAAGUUCAGCAAAAAAAUGGACUUGGUGCUGCACUAUAAUCAAUUUCAUGAUGGUAAUCUACCAGGCGACUUGGCGGCAAUUGGCGAAAAAAUCAGUCAAAAAAAUUUUAAAAUAGAGAACAACAUGUCAGAGUUGAACAAACUUGACAAUGUUACACCAUCUUUGCUCCGAGAUGGAAAACAAAUGCAGAACCAGAAACAAGGAUCACUGACAAAUUCUAAUUUGGAUGUCGAUUCAGAUUUGGAUAAUUUUACUAAAACCGAAGUUAGAUCAGAGCUUGGACAAGCUCAUAAAUCCGUCACCUCAUUAAACACGUCGUUGCUCAACGGCAAGAGCAUUAUCAAGCUCAUUCACGACGAUCUUUCAAAAAAAUUGGUAUGUCCAAAACCCAAAUGCGGAAGGGCGUUUUCAAGAGACUAUGAUUUACAGCGACAUUUAAAAUGGCAUGCAGAAAAUCUUCAAAGAAUAGAACAAUUUUUAGAUGGCUUACCCAAAGAAGAGGAGCUGGCUCCGGAUCAAUUCGAAAAGUUGGAACCUCCCACAAAGAAAAUCAAGCACAAUAACAAUAGCUAUGAGAAUAGCGAUGACGAUCAUCACGAAUUUGAUGAAUCAGACAACGCAUUUGAUCAACUUCUAGAACAAGAGUUGAACGGUGCAGUUGAAGAAAAUUGA